UGCUAGUGAGAUUAGCUUUCGUUAGCUCCUCCUCUGUUUGUGGUACUCACUGGCCAGGCUGGCCUGCCACUGCUAACCUUUUGCACAGAAAUGGAUUAAUUGCUUUGUUUUCCCCCAAAAAAUGUGCUGCAUUGAUUUCGGAGAAUAAUGAGAUAUCUCCUAAAGAUGUUUCCACGAUCAGGGAAAUCGAUUGUCUUUGACAACUUUCCAGAUCCGACCGACACCUGGGAAAUCAUCGAGACAAUUGGUAAAGGGACCUAUGGAAAAGUCUAUAAGGUGCUUAAUAAAAUAGAUGGAAGUAAAGCAGCUGUGAAGAUACUGGAUCCGAUCCAUGAUAUCGAUGAGGAAAUUGAAGCUGAAUACAACAUCCUCAAAGCUCUUUCUGACCAUGCCAAUGUGGUCAAGUUUUACGGGAUGUAUUACAAGAAGGACAUCAAAUGUGGGGAUCAGCUGUGGCUCGUACUAGAGCUCUGCAAUGGUGGCUCUGUGACAGAUCUGGCCAAGGGCAUGCUGAAGAGAGGAGACCGAAUGGAUGAAUCCAUUAUUGCCUACAUCUUGCACGAGUCCCUCAUGGGCCUCCAACACCUGCACAUCAACAAGACCAUCCACCGUGACGUCAAAGGCAACAACAUCCUAUUGACGACGCAGGGAGGGAUCAAGCUCGUGGACUUUGGCGUUUCAGCCCAGCUGACAAAUACCCGUCUGAGGAGGAACACCUCAGUGGGAACCCCCUUCUGGAUGGCUCCCGAGGUAAUAGCAUGUGAGCAGCAGUUGGACUCCACCUACGACGCCCGUUGUGAUGUCUGGUCCCUGGGCAUCACAGCUAUAGAGCUAGGAGAUGGAGACCCGCCCCUCUCUGACCUCCACCCAAUGAGAGCCCUUUUUAAAAUACCCAGAAACCCGCCGCCUACUCUCCACCAGCCGGAGCUCUGGUCAGAUGAGUUUAAUGACUUCAUCUGCAAAUGUCUGAUUAAGGACUUUGAGCUGAGACCGAAUGUGCAAGACCUGCUCCAGCAUGUGUUCAUCAAACAGACUGUCGGCAGAGAGAAAAUCCUGCAAAAACAAUUGAUUGAGCUCAUUGAUCUCAACCAGCAAAUUGGAGUGAUUGAAAAAACAAGCCAUCAUGGAAAGACAGACAGAAGCUCAGACAGUAAUGACAGGCAUGAGCGUAUUCAUACCAAAAAAGGAAGCCACAUGAAGACACAGGACGCAGACGAGGUGGAUGACCUCGCCACCCUUGAGGUUCUAGAUGAGAACACUGUCGCAGAUCAGCUUCAGAAUCGCUAUGGAAAAGAUCAAAUUUACACAUAUGUGGGCGACACCCUCAUUGCAGUCAAUCCUUUCCAUACAAUGGAGAUAUACACGCCUGAGCACACUAAGAUGUACAUAGGAGCUAAGCGUACAGCUAACCCACCACACAUCUUCGCUGUGGCUGAUACUGCCUACCAAUCUAUGGUUUCAUACAAUGCUGAUCAGUGUAUUGUGAUCAGUGGGGAAAGUGGAGCAGGGAAAACAGAGAGUGCUCAUCUGCUGGUGCAGCAGCUAACGGUUCUCGGGAAGGCCAAUAACAGGACACUCCAGGAGAAGAUCCUGCUGGUCAACAGCUUGGUGGAGGCAUUUGGAAAUGCCUGCACUGUCAUCAAUGACAACUCCAGCCGCUUCGGCAAGUACCUGGAAAUGAAGUUCAACGGUGGUGGAACAGUGGUCGGAGCACAGAUAUCCGAGUAUCUGCUGGAAAAAUCCAGAGUUGUCCACCAGGCGAUGGGGGAGAGGAACUUCCACAUCUUUUACUACAUUUAUGCUGGUCUGGCUGACAGGAAGAAGCUAGCCCACUACAAGCUCUCUGACAGCAAAACACCGAAGUAUCUGUACCACGAGAACAUUAAACUUGGGCCUGACAUAGUGAACAACGCUUCCUACAAGGAGCAGUUUGAUGCAGUCGAGCAGUGUUUCAAAGUCAUUGGAUUCACCCUGGAGGAGCUCGGAAAUGUUUACAGCACACUGGCUGCCAUCCUCAACUCUGGGGACAUUGAGUUUUCUCCAGUUGCCUCAGAGCACCAAACAGACAAGAGCAACAUCUGCAACAUGUCUGUCUUGGAGAACGUGGCAUCUCUGCUUCGUAUCCGCUCAGACGAGCUGCAGGAAGCCCUGACCUCCCACUGUGUUGUGGCCCGCGGAGAGACGAUCGUCAGACCCAACACAGUGGAAAAAGCAGUGGAGGUGAGGGACGCCAUGGGUAAAGCUCUCUACAGCCGCCUCUUCAGCUGGAUUGUCAACCGAAUCAACGCGCUGCUGCGGCCUGACAGCCAAGGAGAGGACGACAAGGGCCUUAACAUCGGCAUCUUGGACAUAUUUGGUUUUGAAAACUUCAAGAAGAACUCUUUCGAGCAGCUCUGCAUCAACAUUGCCAACGAGCAGAUCCAGUUUUACUUCAACCAGCACAUCUUUGCGUGGGAACAGGAUGAGUACCUGAAUGAAGAAGUUGAUGCUCGGAUGAUCGAGUACGAGGACAACCGGCCACUCCUGGACCUGUUCUUGCAGAAGCCCAUGGGGAUGCUGUCACUUCUGGAUGAAGAGAGCCGCUUCCCGCAGGCCACUGACCAGACACUCGUAGAGAAAUUUGAAGGUAAUCUCAAGACAAAAAGCUUCUGGAGGCCAAUGAGGGUUGACCUGGGCUUUGGGAUUCACCACUAUGCUGGAAAGGUGAUUUACAAUGCCACGGGCUUCUUGGCCAAGAACAGAGAAACCCUUCCAGCUGACAUUAUCCUGCUGCUGCGGUCGUCGGAGAAUGAGCUCAUUCGCAAGCUUGUCACUCACCCCCUCACCAGAACAGGCAACCUUGCCCACACCAAGGGUAAAGGCAUAAACACAAUACGGAGCCCACGGACCCCGACACGCACCAUCACCCUCGCCAAGAUGGGAGUGCUAAGUUUAUACAGUUCUUUUUCUUUUAGCGAGCGUUCUCUGGAAUUAAAGCCUGCAAAAAAAUUCUUGCUUGAUCCAGGUGAAUCUGGAGACACGCCUUACCACCCUAGAGAAACCACCAACAUGAGAACACAGACAGUGGCCUCCUACUUCAGAUACUCUUUGAUGGACCUUCUGUCCAAGAUGGUGGCAGGUCAGCCUCACUUUGUGCGCUGCAUCAAGCCCAACAACGAUCGCCAUGCCAACAAGUUUGACCGUGAAAAGGUUCUGGUCCAGCUUCGAUACACUGGUGUUCUGGAGACUGCCAAGAUCAGACGCCAGGGUUACUCUCACCGCAUCCUGUUUGCCAACUUCAUUAAGAGGUACUACUUAUUGGCUUACCAUGCUAACGAGGAGCCCGCUGCAACCCCAGAAACAUGUGCUGCAAUACUGGAGAAGGCCAAGCUGGAAAACUGGGCUAUGGGAAAGACAAAGGUGUUUCUCAAGUAUUACCACGUUGAACAUCUGAAUCUGAUGGUACAGCAGACAACACAGCGAAUCAUCCUGGUCCAGGCUUGUGUUCGAGGCUGGCUUGGAGCCAAGCGGUACCGGCGGAUAUUAAAAGAGCGAGAACAAAGUGCCCUGGUGCUGCAGUCAGCAUACAGAGGCCAUCAAGCUCGGAAGAGGGUAGCUGAUGAGAAAAGCAAAGCAAAGUUGGAGGCCUUCAUCAUCCAGUUUCAAGCUGUUUGCCGAGGCUAUCUCGCAAAAAAGAGGUACAAAGAGAUGGUAGAUGAGAAGAAUAAAGCGGCAACCAAGAUUCAGGCUCGCUACAGAGGGCAUAAAGAAAGGAAGAGCUUUAAAAGAAAGCUGGAAGCCAGAGAGAAAGAGAAAGCAGAGACUGCUUCGAAAGAAAAUGAGGAACAGAUAGCAAAACCAGAAAAUGAUGCAGAGAACGAGGAGGAGGAAACUAAAGCUGCAGUGGUUCUUCAAAGCAACUAUAGGGGCUACAAAGAGAGAAAAAAGUUUAAGGAGAGAAAAAAGACGAUGGCUGGAGCAGAGCUGGAAUUGCCAAAUGCAACAGCGGAAGAGGGACAGGAAAAAGAUGUGCAAGAGUUGGCUAACAAAGAAGGAGUAGGUGAAAAGUCAGCUGAUAAACAAGAGGAGAAUGAGGAAGAUGAAGAAAGUACUUAUGAAGCAGAGGAGAAUGAUGACAGUGAUAAUACUCAGGUGCCAGAAGAUGAGCACACAGAAGUGGCAGAGGAAGCAGUGAUUCAGGAUGCUGAGCCUAAAAAAGAAGAGCAGGAGGAUGGUGGACAGAAAAAAACUGCAGGUGAGGAAGCUGCUGAUUUAGAAGAGGAAACCAAGGCGGCCACUGUUCUCCAGAGUAACUUCAGGGGCUACAAAGAGCGGAAGAAACUAGAGGAAGAAGGCAAAAUCCCAGCUAAGAAACAGAAAGCAAAAAGUCCUGCAGGGGACGAAGUGCUGGAAAAGGAACCAGGUAGUGACGAGGCAGAAAAAGAAGCCUCGACAACAGCUGAAAAUGCAGAUGAGACCAAAGCGGCUGUAGUGCUUCAGAGCAAUUUCAGAGGCCACAAGGAGCGCAAACGACUCGAAGAGGAGGGAAAGCUCCCCAAGAAAAGGCAGAAGGAGAAAGAUGUUCCAUCAGAGCCUCCAAAGGAGGAAGAGACAGAGGAAUCUCUUCCAGAACCCCAGGAGAACACUUCUAGUGAGAACCGAGAAGGGCUGGAUGAAGAGAAAGCAGCUACUGUCAUCCAGAGUAACUUCCGAGGCCACCGGGACCGAAAGAAAAUGAAAGCUGACAGGGAAGCGCAAUUGAAAGCUAAGGAGGAAUCUGGGACUCCCACUGAUGCAGAACAGGAGGAGGCUGUGGACAUCACUGAUGUGGUAAUUGAACGUAAAGAUGAGACAGACGUUGAAAACCAAAGACUGGAGGAAGAACACGCUGCAGUGAAGAUCCAGAGUAACUUCAGAGGGUACAAGGACAGGAAGAACCUGAAGGCCAACAAGGAAGCUGCACAGAAAGAGACAAGAAGGCUGGAGAGCUUCUCCAGACAGAUCGCAAAGACGUCUGAGGACUUUCUGACUCUGCAGCAGAAGCUGAAUGAGAUCAUCCAGGCCCAUCAAUCAGACCCUGAGAACAAUGGCAUGUUGUUUGUGAGAGGAAACGCAAUCAAUGGUAGCUUCACUCCCCAGCGUCGCCAUUCAACUGACAAAAGAUUGUCGAGAACCCCCCGCAGGAACCAGCAGCCAAAGACCCUGAAUACACCAGAGGACUCCACCUAUUACAACCUGAUUCAUCGUUCUGUCCAAGAUGAUAAACGCAAACCCAGGAAAGAGGGCUCAGGGAAACUGUUGGAUGUGGAUGACCACUACUACCCAGCCCUCUCUACCAGCCGUUCUGAACCCUCCAUGUCCAAAGAGAACACAUCAUCCAUGCCUGAGAGGAAGCAAUCUAUAGGGAGGAGGCAGUCAGUGGAAAGGAGGCGGUCCGUAGAGAGGAAGCAGUCCAUGGACAGGAGACGAUCUAUGGAUAGAAGGCAGUUUGGGGACAGGAGGCAGUCUGUAGAGCAGAGACUGACUGCUCCCAGUCGACAGAUCCGAGAGAGGGCCGCCACUGAACCGGAGCGUCCCAAAUCUGCCAAAGAAAACAGACGCUCUGUUCCCAGAAUGACUUCCACAGAGAGCCGGACUGAAGAGAAUCCAUACGACUUCAGACAUCUACUGAGGAAGACCUCGCAGAGACAAAGGCUGAUCAAACAUUACUGAAUACAGGAAGUGACUUUUGGCUAUUCGGGACUUGAUCGGUCGGGAUCGCUGAUCGCACCAUGUGGCAGUUUGUUCUGGUGUCCUGCUAACCACAGCACAUGUUUCAUUUAUUUUAUUGAUCUUCAGACACAUUGUACAACAGUUUGGGUAGGAAAUGAAACUCCUCUGGACUUAACUGGACAGACUGUAUUGAUUUCCAUGCAUACAGUGAACACAGAGCACAGUCAAUGUAAAUAACAAGAUGUCAUACUUUUAAACUUGCUGUAAAAUAAGGUUUUAUUCAUGAGACCAACAGUUUAGUUACUGGUAUUCUGUAUUUCCAAUGUUUUUUCUUCGAUAUCUUUAUUUUCUUUCAAAAAAUUUGCAGGUUGUGCUCUUAAAACUUUGCAUUUCAAGUCAUUCCGAAGUCUAAUCAGCUUCAUAUUGUGAAGAAUGUACAUUAUUUUAUCUGCUCAAAUGUUCAGUUUGUUCACUUAAACAAAAAAAUAUAUUAAA